GGCGACCAGGGGACAUUUCUUGGGGGGGGGGGGGGGGGUUGGUUUGAAACUUACGGGUUUCCGUGGAUGCCGCUGGUGCUGCUGAUGUUAACGAUUACUCUGUCCGCGCCGUCCUUUACUCUGAAAUAUGGAGCGGCGGCCUGGACGAGUUUGAAGGGGGCCGUGGCAUGGACGGCGAUCAUGGUCUCCCAUUGCUUAUCAGAGAGCUAUUAUUAAUAGCUUAGUUAGCCAUUGCCCAUAUGUAUCCGGCGCAACGGGUCCGCCGCAUCUAAAUAUAUAUAUAGAGUGUGGGCGGCGAGGAGCACGAUUAUAUAUUUAGCUAACCUUAUGAAUAACACCAUCCCAUGUAUAUCCAGCGUUAUUAACGAUGAUGUGAAUCUUCCCAUUGCCGAACUCCGCAGCUUUCUGCACUACCGUUUUCGCGUAUGUUGGAUCAGUCACAUCGCCUACGACCGCAAUGGCUCGUCCAGGCGAGGCAUCAUUGAUCGAUUUCACAACACCCUCUGCUUUUUCUGUUUGCAGUUGUGUGGACAAUAUUAGCUUCUCUUCCCUUCACUUCCCUUGAAGCAGACCGCAGAGCAUUUUCGUUUACUCGAAAUUUUCAUGGAAACAUAGGUUUAUUUACUGACUGGCAUCGAGAUCCGCAACAACAACCUUCGCUCCCUCGUUGGCAAAUAGGCGGGCGGCCUCAGCACCAACACCCUGGCCAGCCCCAGUAAUAAUAGCAACUUGGCCAGCAAGCAGACCUUGCGGGUAAUUAAGGUGGGAGGACACCUGUGCAAUGCGGUCUUGAGGGGCCAUGGUGAUAAGGUAACUAAAUAAAUAACGGAGCAACGCUGAGAGGAAGCAGGGAAGUAGUGAUUACUUCGGAAAACAAUAAAUUAACAAAGGGCACUCUGUAAAUAUAUGUUGUACGCUGCGUAGUUACAAAAGAAAAAAGAGACAACGUUGACCGGCAAUUGAUUGGUUAUGUAGGUCUUUGUCCAGCGGGGAAUUGCUAUGUUUGAUGCUAGUUACCCCGGACCCUGCGCCGACUGCCGAGGGACAGCGAUGGAGCCAACCUUUAAUUGCCGCUCCCGAUACUGGCGAGAGUCCGAAGACAUAGAAACCUGCGAAGCAUGACGGGUGAAUCGUGCUCGGUUCCGGCACGAUGGCUACAGGAAUGGAGUUGAAAUCACGGAGUUUUACCGAUUAUUAGAAUGUGGUGUCAAUCACGACGAGAGCUAGUUACCUACUUAAAUCUUCCGUGAGUUUGCUAGUUGAAACUUUAAUAGUAAAAAAUCCGGCUAUUCGACUAAAUUUCAGAUACAACCCAUAAUUGCAGAGAAAGAAACUUGAUAUCGUCUAAUAUUUAAAAAUACAUUGUACAUUAUGAGUUGAGUUUCUAUAAAUUACAGACACGGUAAAGCCAAACCGCUAUGCCGAUAGUCAAACGCCUGCAGAAGACCAGUCAAGUGUGCGACUGCCGCCAUCACAACAAACAUGUGAAAUAUCUGAUGCGAGCUUCCUAGGAUAUCGAACCCGCCAGGAUACCAUAGUUCGGGAACUCGCGCAGCAUAUAUAGUGGCUCCAAUUAUAUACAAAGCGCCCUGCAGGACGAGCCAGAAUAGCCCUAUUUGCUUCAACAUCAGCUCUACCCCAAAUAUCGAUAUACCAUGUAGCACAGGGAAGACCGCGGAGAGCCCCAUGGAAAUGAACAUGCCAGCACGAAACGGCCGCCAGGCAGGGGUUCUGAAGCGUGGCGUGAUCGAGACGAUAGUGCACCCGGCCCCGAUCAGCAAUAUCAUGGUCCAGUACAUUUUCAUGAAUUUGGGCACGCAGUAGAAGCCAUAAUACACGCUUGGGAUAAAGCUGCCUGUGAUCAAGGCAACGAUGCCAAUGUAGUCCAUCGCGUUCCCGAUGCGCGCCACCGCGGGAGAAUGAUUGGAUAUCGUGUGGUAGAUGGAGCUCAUACCAAGGCAGAAAGCGGCCCCGGCGAAGAAGCAGCCGAACGCGAGCACGUCGCCAUGCGUAGCGCUAUCAUAUCUGGUGGAAAUGGCUUUGUAGAGGUAGAAGGCGAGUGGUAUUGCUGAUAAGGCUGGUAGCAGGUGGGUGUAGAUAUUCACAGUUUCGUUAUGCACAUAUCCCAGUGAACGAAAGGACACGGUAAAAGAACCGGAUGCCGGCCGGUAUCCCGUGUGGAUGAGAUGGUUAUCUCGUUGCCAACUUUCCAAUUCAUCCCAAUGGACCGUCCGUCGUAUCUUGGAUGCUAUCUCGGUGGCUGUAUCCGUCGCUUUCUCUACCACAGACUCGUUUGCUGAGAAGCGGGAAAGACGCCCAUGGCCUUCCCUCUGGCAGGAAUUUUUUUUUGCCCGCUGGUACAGCGACAUGCUGCUACCGUUGCGAUUCAAUCGAAUGGAAGUAGUCUUGAGAACAAAAAACAUUUCGAAGUUGAUAAGGUUGAAGUUAACUAAGUUGGCCGGGGCGUUGUGCAAACAUGACAAACAUGCGGGUGGUUCGAAGCUUCCCCAGCGAACGCAAUUAUUCCAUCCCAUCACAGGAGAUGUUGGGCCAGAAUGGCGCGCCAUGACCGAAUCACACUCGGCACAACUUAGACAAAGAUUGCUUUCUAAAACACGCGAUGGAGGAUACGUUACGAUUACGAAAGCCUACUGCCAGCUGGGGCACAGCAAAUAAAUCCGGCGUUGAUUCGCUCAGCCAGGUCGGGUUUAUUUCAAAGGGAGAUACAAAGCUUCUUGAACCCAAGGCCCAGGAACAGUAUUACAAGAAGAUUGUCGACAGAUAUGUACACUUUUGCAACGUCCAUUCCUGCAACCUCGAUGCCGCAUUCGGCUCACUCCCUAGAAAUCGUUCUGAAGACCCAACCAAAAACCCUCCUGUACCUAUACCAAUAAGACCAGCGUCUAGAGCUAGGUCUCGGUCCCGAUCACCAAAACCACCAACCAAACCUACUUCUCCGACGGCGGGGACUAAAAGUUCUACCACACUAGAGCAGCAUGCACCGCCGGCUGAAGAACUUUCCGUCCUCCUCCUUUCCCUCCGAAAGCUGAGGGAAGCCAUUCUAGCAACGAGCUCCAAAACCCCCAUCGCAUUUUCUCAGCGCGUCCAUAUAUUUUGCAUACGCGUAUCAAUCCUCGCUCAGCACCCACCUUCAUACUACCCUCCGCUACAGCGCCUGCUGAAGCACCUUCACUCGUCUACCAACCCGCUGGACCCAUCUGACCUACACGAGUUCACGACCUACUUGAUCCUUGACUAUGCUUGCCGACAAGACGAUAUGCCGGCUGCAUAUGAACUCCGAGCGCGUGCAAAAGUCGCAUUCGGGUAUCGCAAUAAUUCCGUUGACAAUGUUCUCAGAGCGAUAAUGCAUGACAACUGGGUGCUAUUUUGGAGAACCAAACGGAACGAGAAUGCAUACACAAAGGCAUUACUGAAUUGGGCGGUCGACAGUGUACGCAGGCGAGCAUUGAAAGCAGUGGGGAGGGCAUAUCUGUCAGUGGACGUGAAUUACUUGGUGGAAUGCUGCGCGGGUGAGAAUGAAGGUUGGACAUGGGAAACUUUGGUGGAAAGGGAAGGCCUGGGAUGGAAAAGAGAAGGUGAUAAAGUUCUGAUAAGAGUCAGGAAGCCAAAUGUUGAACCGAAAAAGUAACAAACAGCGCGCAGGAAUGUCCGGACUUGGCGUUGCCUAUAUAUAUAAAUAUAUAUUUGGCCUGCCGCUCGCACGAUAUGUGAUGCAAUUAAACUGCCAUUGGCAGCCCGGGUGGAUGGUCCUUUCUUUAGACUUUGAGCGUGGAGUUUCGGCGUUUGGGUUGGGUUUUGCUUCUUUUUAGGAAUUAUUCUCUAAUGGCGAAAGGCACCUUUAUUAUAUCUUGAAAUCCGCAUUUGGCUUUUCCCAAUUCCGGUAUCUCGACGGGGGUUGGCUGGCAAUCCGCUCAGUCAAGUUGAAUUUGAGAAACCUAGAAUUUUCAGAGCAUAGCUCAUAUAUGGUAGCUAGAUUGAACGUAAGACUUCGAAAAGAAUGAUUGUUGUUCACCAACGAUUCAAGAAGGUCGCGAGACUAUAGAUGUGACAUAUAAUCAGUUUCUGCCGUCAUCCUCAAAUGAGCUAAAGGGCAACAUACCUCAUUUAGCUUGCCUGUAUAUAAUAAGCACACAGCAAGGUUCUGUGCAAUUAUAGCUUCAUCUUCAUGUCCAAUAUGGCUUGCACGAAGCGCUUCCCACCCCACGACUGCAUCAGCAUAUCGACCUUCUGCCAUGGCUAACAGGCAGUGCAAAGGCCCCUCUGCCUCGACUGAAGUAUCAUCUAACAGCUUUCGCGCAGAUUCAACAUUGCCAAUCUUGAGAUACAGCAGUGCCAUCCGUGUGGUCGCUAAAGCUUGCUCCUUAGGUGGGGUUUUCAAGUUUGCGAGCGACCGCCGCGCAGCGUCUAAGUCAUUCAUUUCUAUUAAUGAAUUCACGACUCUGAUACCUAAAUCCUCUAAUCUUGUUUUCCAAACAUUUCUCUCAUCUUCUGUAAGUCCCUGGCGUGAUAGUUGCUUCCUAGCUUCUAAUCCAAGCUCGUAUAGGGCAGCAAUACCUCGUCUUGAGUCUCCGAAUCCAAUGCUUUGUAACCUCGCUGCAAGAACACGAAGUGACCAUGGGACGAUAUGUCGAGCCUGGUCAGCUGGAAAAGCGUCCUUGGCUACUGUCUCGUUUUCUAGUUUGGUAUCGACAAUGUAAAACGCAGAAUUUAAAUCCUCCAGCGCUUUUGCUUCCUGUGCUGCUAACAGGCUAUUUCCCGUCAGCUCUAGGCAUGCAAGUCGGAUGUAUAAGAGAGAAAAUAUCGUAUUUUGGUCAUUGUGGGGUAUUGCGGAUGAUGAUAAAAUGGUCGCUGAGAAAUGAGCGGCAAGUAGGAAGUGGCCAGCAUUCAAGAGAUUAUCAAGAGUCGUUAGGGAAGUAGUUAAAGGUUCAUUUGGAGAAGGCGUGGGGAAUUCCGAACGGAACGCCGGUGAUAUAUCUAGUAGCGAUAGAGGAUGGUAGAUGUCGGGUCGCAGGAGGAAUGAUAGGUUCUUAUUCACAGGAAAGGGUAUGAUAUCUAUGGUUGACAACGUGGACAACGAAGGAUGUGGGGAAGUCGGGGAUGGACUCGAGCGGCUUGGAAGAUGUUGGGAUUUUGGUCUUGUGGGGAGUGUUGUUGUAGGGG